AAAAACCUGUAAAUAGAGAAAGUCGGAACGUGGAGAUCGCAAAAUAACUCUAAAACGAAUCAAAAUUUCGGCGUUAAAACUUUGAUUCUGCCUUUGUUAUCAACAUCAUUUGGUAAAAGAACAGUCACCAACAGAAUUUGAUCUACAUUCUUAUGAGACACAAACACCAUCGGCAUGAAGGACGAAAUUACUGCAGCGGUGCUAUUUCUCACUCGGUUAAUGCGAAAAGCUGACACUAUGACGAAUGACCACCUGGAAGAGUUCAAAUCAAAGUUGAUAUCAAUUUUACAAAGCAAGUUUGAGAACCAUUGGUACCUGGAAGAACCAACAAAAGGCCAGGGAUACCGGUGUAUUCGGAUCAACGAGUUUGAGCCCAUUGACCCGGUGAUAGCUCAAGCAGCAAUUGAUUCAGGGGUGCAGUACCGGGACCUGGGUUUACCCCUUGAGUUCACGCUAUGGGUUGACCCAACAGAAGUCUGCUGCAGGUUUGGCGAGAGUAUAGGUUCUUAUUGUACGGUUGCCACCUUUAAAGAUGACAACAAAGAAAACAAGGAUAACAUGGACAUCACCAAGCUCAUCGAACAAACCACGGCGUUAACCCACAACGACAACACCAACUCGAACAGUCAGCGGCCGCUGGUGAACAAUCAUAAAAAAAAUGUGCAAAACAACAACGCCAGCAAGAAUAAGAACGCAGGACAGAAAAAACAAAACACGAACAACAAACAGAAACAAGGCCAGAGUUCGUCGAAACAUCACACGAAGGACCGAUUUCACUGGGUGCGGGACUCUGGAUCGCCAGCAGUGAAAGUCCAUGCGUAAUUGAGUUCAUGGUUUGUUUUUACAGGUUUUUUGGUGGCCAGUUCAACAUGUGCUGAGAGGAUUCGUACGUGAACAAUUUAUCAUUCUUUCAAUGAAGAAAGAUGCUGUUCGUUUCUUAAGGAAUUUAAGAAAACAGCUCAGAGAAAAUAAAAAAUAACUGCAUUUAACGUGUUUAAAAUUUGUUUUUGUUUAGAAUCAAUGCAGAAAAUUAUGUUACUUGUUUUCCUCAUUUGUAUCAGCUUGUCAAAUUUGGAAGCAAUAUUCUGUCUAGUCUUUUGAUGCCUCAUAAAACAAAUGGAUGUUUUAGAGUGCAAGUUUGGUGAAAAAAAAGAAAAUACUUCAAAAUCAAGAAGAAGGUUUUUAUAUGUAUGUAUAAGUUAUCAAUUUAUUAACUUUUUCUCUCAAUGAAUGAACUGCAUAAAUUGUCAUCAGUUCGAUUUUCUGAAUCUGUUUUUGAAAGGCCCUCCCAGCCCUUGUUUAAACCCUUGGCCAGAUUUAUAGCAUUUUACACAUGCAUUUUCUACGUACAUGUCUGUUGGUGUACAGAUAUUUUUAGUCUAGUGUUUUACGCGACUUUUCUUAUUCGAGUUAUAGCAUUUUGUAGAAAAAAGGAAAAAACUUGAAACAUGGCCGAUUUACCGGUACACCUAAUGCUGCUAGGAAAAGUGCAUUUUAAAUGGCUCGUUGAAUGGACGUGGAGUUGGAUGACAGCAGGGUGCAUGUCUGUGUAAUUUGUUGCUAGUAGAUCAAUGUGAGUUCAUGACAUUAUUUCUUAGCACACCAUCUUUGGGUCAUGACAUGGGUGGGAAAAUUUUGAAUUUGUAAACAAUUAGGCAAUAGUCUUGUGAGUCCUAAGGGGGGGGGGGGGGAUUCUUAAAAUGCAGCAAGUUACACAGAACUGUUCCUUGUGAAUUCUGUUUAUUUUGGUGUUUUGAUUAGUUUAAUAUAAAUCCUAGAAUCUUUUGAUGGUGUAUGCUAAUGUAAUCGUAAUGUGUAUAUAGUCCAUGGUUGCCAACUUGUAAGAGUCUCAGAACAUGUUAACAUUGCUUGAGUUGAUAGAAGUUGUGAUCAAAUCAAGUUGUUUUUGUGAAUCAAAAUGAAUUGUUAGAUACAGUUAUUUUUCAUAGUUGUCAGCCUUGACCAUUUUGGAAACUUGAAAAUGGAAUUUUUGCGACUUCUGCAUAUUUUAUGCUUCAUUCCAAGUGAUGCUGAUCUCAACAAUGUGCUUCACAAGUAUCGCCAUUUUCAAAGGCAACAAGGUGAUAAUUAUGAUAUUGUUAGCUGAGUCAAGUAUAGUUUACGUUGUGAAAUCUUACAGAGCCUUUAAUCUGGGUGCUCUCAAAUGGUGCUCGGAUUAGUUGAGGUUGUUUAGACGUUACCAUGGUAACUAUUUUUAGACGUUAUUUGAGUAGGGUUGGCACUGCUUGGGUUAACAGUUUCAACAUGUUCUAUAAAAUGGUUCCUAUCGAACACAUCAAUGUUUUCGAACCUGUCCCUUGAUUAUUUCAUGAUAUAUUGAAAGUCAUUUUAGUACACCCAGGUACCAUUGUUUAUAAUUUUCUUACACUGCUCGGGAUUUUAAGGCUCUGCCAGCCCUACCAAAUAUAUUUUUGUGUGAGUAUAAUUUAGGUAACUAGGGCAAUAGAAUAUUUAGCUUUUUGUGUAUCGUACAGUGUCCUUUUUAAAUCAACACAUUGGCUUGUCAAUAUUUCAUCUAAUAGGGAACAAAAGAUCAUUGCACAUUUUGAAAGGCCCUAAAAUAUUGCAAACAGAAUCACACCUUGUUUCUUGUUGUGAGAAUCACACAGCUCUUUUCUUUUCACCCACCUCACCUGUAUUGAAAUUCCAAGAAUUUAAACAACUGCAUUAUAAAAUUCUGCAGUAUUGGCUCGCAGGCUUUGUGCCAUCUUGACUGAAUUGACUUCAAACAUUGAUAAAACCGAGCAGAAUUUUUACUUUUCCCAACCUUUGGCUCAGCUGUCACUGUUGGGAAUAGCCAAGUCAAGAGCCUUUCCAAAUCAUGUGAUGAUCUCCUGUUUCCCAUUCGUGGAUGUACUUGUUACUGCCAUAACAGGUAUGAUUGUGUACAGUCUAGCUCAUAAAUAUCAACACCUACACGUUCUUCUUAUGUUCUUCAUACAGUCAGUGUCUUGCUCAAUUUGCUGAAGACCACACAGGAAAUGGCGCAUUAGUUUGGGUGAUAUCAGCAGUGUAUUACACUGCUGGUGAUAUGGAUGGUUGUAUGUGGUACAUGUAGCUGUUGAAGUGAGCUGGGCCACCCACCUUCUUUUUGCCGUCACAUCAAUCAAGAUUUUGUGACGUCGUUUCUUAGUAUUCCAAUUGGUAGUUCCCUCAUCAUUCCUAGUUCUCGUGUUCCGUUUCUUCUUGCAGCGCUUUAAAUUCUGCCUUCUUAUAAAUGUUUUAGCGAGGUCAGAUCUGGAAUAUUUUAAUCAAGUUUUACUGGCAGCCUUAUCCCUUGGAUCUACAAUGCGUCAUGUAUUUACCUGGCAUAUUAUUCAUUGUUUAUAAGGUGAUUCAUACCAUAUCCUGUUCUAAGAUCCACUGACUGUGACUACCACGGAUAGAUUUACUGUAAGUGUAAUGGCAGUAAAAAGUCUCUCUUCUACUGUGCUUUUAACUAAUCAGUUUUACUUCAUGUUGUAAAGGAUUCCAGUUUGUUAUGGUCGAAUUAUAUCAUUGUAAAACUUAGAAUACCAGUUUAUAAGAAAACAAACUGCUGCUUAACCAAAAGGAGUUUGUUUCUUACAACCAUUCCAUGUACGGUAUGUGAGGGGAAGAUUUCUACGUGCUACAUUUUGUGUGCACUGUAUUUAUGGCAGUUUGCUCAGUCAAGUAUACAUUCGUUUUUCAACCAAGGUAGUAAAAUUCAGACGGAUAUUAAGGACGAGUCAGUCCUCCAUCAGAGAAAGCCUGCUGGUCAGAGUCUCUUUUGAGGGCGAAUUCGUCGAUAUCUUCUCAUUUCUUAUUCUAUUCAGGUUCUCAGAAGCCAGCUCCGUUCUGAAAUUGAAUAACUAGACACUUUGAAACAUUGCAUCUUUGCAGCCACGCUUAGCCAUAAUUCAUGAUGAUAGCUUUCGAUGUAGUUUUAUAUCAAGUAAUGUUUCUCACCAUGUUAGCCCUCAGGUUAUCAAUACAGGGUCAGUCAUGAUUGAUCUCAAUGUGUAGGUAGCUAGACUGGUAGCGUCACAGAUAUUGUAAGUUUUAUGGUCAUAUUGUAAUCUGGAUGUUUUUGCUCAGUUUAAACUUGCUGUUUGUGACGAGAUGGUCAGGAGCUUUUCAGCUACAAAGAGUACAUGCAUGUUACACCUCCAUGAAUCAUUGGUCUGUACUUAUCACUGAUCUUACAUGUUGUGCUAAGUCGCAACAACUCCUGACUGUCUUUACAGCAGUACAGCAUUGAGAAGAAAUGUCUUGAAAUCUAGAUUUAUGACUCGGAACCAACUUUUCUAGACUGAUCCAAAAUUGAUGUCGCUGUAUUUGAAUGUUGUCCCUUCUUAUUCAAAACUGUAACACCGAAGGCCAAAUUUCCUGAGUAGAAGGCUUAUUGAACUGCAUGAAGCUAGAAGUAAGUAAAAUUUGAUCAAUCUCAUGAAAAUCUCAUGAAAUUUUCCUCUUUUCACUCUCCUACAACAUGGUCAUAACUCUCCAAUGGUGUAGCUCAUUGUGUUAAUGUACAGUAGAUUCUACAGAGAUGACGAGCAGUGUACCACUAGCCUGUAAUUGCUAGGCGUUAUUUAUUCUUAUAAUAAAUCUACAGUUUUAUUAUGCAUAUGAAAA